UUCCACCUCCCCUCGCCGAAACUUAUUUGAUUUGGAGAUAUUUUUGCCCUGCUUUCCGACCCACACGGGACCACACAGAGACUUCCUAGGGAUUAAAUGUUAACACGCCUUUAAAAGUCCCCCGGAAAAAAAACUUCACUGUGGCGCCGGACUGCAGUUCCCGUGACGCCUCGCUCGCUCUCGCGAGAACUGCCAGGAAGUCGGCCAGGAAGGGAGGGGAGCUCGAGGCCCGGAAGAGCCGUGGAAGAGGACGGGCCUGCUUGCUUGCCCGACUGAGGGAGCGGAGCCGGCGAGCGUAAGGCCAAAGCGGGGACGGACAUGGCCGAGACGGACCCCAAGACCGUGCAAGACCUCACCGCUGUGGUGCAGACAUUGCUGCAGCAGAUGCAGGACAAGUUUCAAACGAUGUCUGACCAGAUCAUUGGCAGGAUCGACGACAUGAGCUGUCGCAUCGACGACCUGGAGAAGAACAUCGCCGAUCUCAUGACGCAAGCUGGAGUGGAGGAGCUGGAAGGCGAAAGCAAGGCCGCUGCUAACAAGACUUCCAGUGGGAGUGCCCGGGAAUGACGGCAGGACUGGUUGCUACCAACAGAACAAACUUGCCAAUAAUCAAAGAUGGGUGCUGGAAAGAAAAACCUUUUACAAGCCUACAGGGUGAAGACGACAGCAUUUUUUGUUCCCAGCUACUGUGUGUAAAAGCAUUUUUCUAUGGCUAUAGAAUUUGCAUUCUUAAUGUACCUUGUAUAGAUAGUUUUGGAUCAAUUUCUAUUCUGAUUUAUUGUGGGUUUCACACACUUUUUUGAAUUAUCACGUUCUAUAAACUUCAGUUACUAAAGCAGAGUUUGAUGACAUUCUACUAAAAAUACUAACGUUUGGGUGGAUUUUUGUGAAGUCACACUUUUUAAGAUUUCUGUUUAGUCGUUGCCUUUUGUAAAUCUAUUUACUUGGGUGGCUAAAACUAGUACUUUCUAUCAGCCUGAACCACAAAUUUGUCAUAGGUUUGUGAAGUACUUUUGUGGAGUUAAGCACGAGAAUGGAAAUGUUGUAUUCUAAAACCAGUCAUUCUACAUCGCUCUAUUAGUAAAGGAUGUAAAUCUAACAAGCAACCUGCUGUAGGGAUUCAGUUGCCAUGAGCCGUAACUCUUUUCCUGUGUUUUUUAUAUAAUCAGUCUCUGAACUUCAUUUCAGCUUGUGCUUUUGGACAGACAGUAUGUUAAGGUUAUAGUUCAAAAAACAUAUAGCCCUAGAAACAGGGUUUUGCUGUGUGAGCAAUUUCCCCGAAUAACAUUACAGCAACUGUCUGCUUGGAGUGACCAUCAUGACAAAAUCCAAAAACCACAUAACUGUAAUGCCUUUAUUAAAGUGUGCCGUCAAGUCGGUGUCAACUCCUGGUGACCACAGAGCCCUGUGGUUGUAAUGCCUUUAUUAGAGCCAAUCAAAAUGUUGCAUAAUGAGCAAGCUUUGGGAGUUCACAGGAACUCUUCUUCAGGUUGGAUGUUUGCUUACUGCUUUAGAGGGUCCUAAUAAAGGAAUUAUCGACCUAUAGUGUUGAGGGCUUUUUCCCCUAAUUUUACCAUGGGUAAAAAUAUUUCACGGAGGUUAUGAGAUAGCAGAGUGCCAUGGAUGAGUGUGGGUUGGCAUGUUAAGGUCUAGGUACUGGUUGCUGUACUGCUAGUGUACAUUUAAGUGUUGGCAGUUACAAACUUCUUCAAAGUGUCUAAAUAUUGUUUUUGUUUGGAUUUUCCUGUGGCCCUUAGCGCUAGCUUAUGAAGCAAACCCGUUCUCCUGCCCAGUUGAAUCUCGGCUGUUGGAAAGCAGGCCAGAGACAAGGAACCAGUACCUAGGUGCCACUUCAGUGCAUCUGUGGCCUCAGAGAGCCCUGCAAGUGAAGAAUCCAAUAUCAGACAGACUUGGUCCAGAGGUGGAAUGUUCCAGAGUAGCGUGCUACCUCUUGAAGUUCUCUCCCUUCCAAAUUGAACACCAGUAAUCAUUUCUGCGGGUGCCCAUGCAGAGAGUCUUCUAAGCAGUUCUCGGUGCCCUGCUGCUUGAUAAAAGGAUCUCGAGAUUUGGGUGCCAGGGCACCCCUGGCAAAAGAACAAGAGGAGAGUGGGAACUUCUACCUUGCUCUUUAAAAUGAGAUGGAGGGAACUAGUAGUGGGAUCAAGUAGCUGAUCUUCUUUCUCGGGCUGCCUUCUUCCCAAUUCUGGUUGCAGUGAUGAUGGGCUGGGGGAUGCAGCGACCCUCACAAAUCCACUGGAGAUCAGGGGGGGUCCUUUUGGUAGGGGGCCUAUACAGGGCUUGGUGAGGGAAGGAACACCCUUGCAACUUCACCCCCACCCCUCUUCAGGUGCCCCCCUGCCCUCCAUGGGGCUCCCACCCCACAGUUUGAGUGGUCAGGUGAAGGUCUGAGAAGCACUAAAGAGGGUGUGCUGUGGGUCGAGUUUGGAUCCUGGCAGGACACACAGUAAUGUGGGCUCUUAAAGGCCAAGCCACAUUUGCACAAGAUAUGUAGGACCUUGUUAACACUGUCUAAUAAAAUUGCUGAAUAUUAUUCUAUAAUAGGUCUGUAGACGGAGUUCAUGCUUUUGCCACAUGGUCACUUUACACGCAUACGCCCCUCUCCAGUUGUGCCAUUUGUGGAGCAGAUGGCAAUUACUCCGGGGUAGAUCAUGCCAUUGCCACUCUUGCUUAAGCCCUCAAGGCCACAUUGCGUAAGCUGUUUUGACACUGGUCAUACAACGACGAAUACAACGGAUAUUUAUAUUCCAUUUUUCAACAAAAUUCUUAAAGCGGUUUACAUAGAUAUAAAUCAAAUGGCUCCCCGGUCCCCAGAGUGCUCACAGUCUGAAAAAGAAACAUAAGAUCGACAAUAGCAACAGCCACUGGAGGGAUGUUGUGCUGGGGGUGGAGAGGGCCAGUUGCUCUCCCCCUGCUAAAUACAAGAGAAUCACCACUUUAAAAAGGUGUCUCUUUGCUCAGUUAGCAGGGGCCGAUUUACCUCGGAUGAAUUCCUCCUGUACAUUCUUCAUCCACCAUCCUUGAACCUUCCCAAAUGGAGCUCAAAAUGCCUUCUGUGGAGAGGGCCAUCCCAUGCUUGAGCUGUUAAAUAGCCAGGUCAUCAUGUGAGGAUUGAUCCUGCCAAUUAUCAAGUGUGCUGUCAAGUCAGUGUCGACUCCCGGCACCCACAGAGCCCUGUGGUUUUCUUUGGUAGACUACAGGAGGGGUUGACCAUUGCCUCCUCCUGUGCAAUAUGAGAUGAUGCCUUUCAGCAUCUUCUUAUAUUGCUGCUGCCCGAUAUAGUACCAGCGGGGAUUUGAACUGGCAACCUUCUGCUUGUUAGUCAAGCAUUUCCCUGCUGCACCACUUAAGGUGACCCCUGUAGUACCAUUGUUUUAUUCCCUUUGACUAGGAGCUGAGCAUUCAGAAAAGCAAAAAAGGAGGAAUUGUCAUCUGGGACUGUGAACUACAACAUAGUCAUGAAUUUUAUAACCUCCGUCUUGUCUGAAAGACACUUAGGCUGAUGUUUUGGAAAACAACUCUGUCUGUUCAGAUCACUCGUCCAACAGCACAUUAGGGUGAUGUGUAGACCGUUGUUUCUCAGCGUAGCAAUUGGUCCAGAAGAAGUUGUGUUAAGACAGCAGAGGGAGAUUGUAAAAUAUGAACUCUGUACCCAGCCAGUCUCGGACUUCCUGGUCCCAUUGUUAAAAUUGUUUAAUAAAGUUGCUGGAAUGAUUCUAAAACGG